UCCGUAUCCAGUACGUGUAGACCUCUCCCCCAGGCCCGCGCAGCACAUGUUGCACACGCAAGGACCAAUGGAGUGCACAUGGUUGAUGUAGUAUUUGUGAUGGUAUAAGUAUUAGACAGUUCACUUCGACAACGGAGAGGAAGCCUCAAUAAUGUUUGCCAAAUUUGUCCGGCAGUGCAUCCCAGUAGCUUCAAGAGGAAAGAACACGUACAAUAGAUGGCCUAAAGAGCGGGACGCACUGUGGCGAGCAGGUAACACGCUUGGGCGAACGUUGGUCGCUCCGAGGUUCGACAGUCUUAAACUGCCGCCAUUUGAGAAAAACUUUUAUGCUGAGAGCGAAGUGACCGCUGCUCGAUGCGAGGAAGACGUCAGUGCCUUCCGCGCGGAACACGAAAUAACUGUGCAGGGCCAUGGCCGAGAUCGUGUUCCAAAGCCCGUUCUGACGCUUGAAGAGUGCAACUUUCCACCGGAGUGUCGUCCCCUUUUUGAGCGCAAGAACAUUACGCAGCCGUCGCCGAUACAAGCUCAGGCAUGGCCGAUCGUUAUGAGUGGCAGCGAUUUGGUGGGCAUCGCCCAGACUGGCUCUGGAAAAACGUUGGCCUACGUGCUCCCUGCGGCCAUACACAUGGCCCACCAGCAGCGUCCGCGAGGAGAGGGGCCCAUCAGCGUGGUCUUGGCUCCGACGCGUGAACUCGUCCAGCAGAUCUCGCAGGUUGCAUACGAAUGGUGCGAGGGUGCGUUUGGCCUAUCAGGUACACCGGUGUACGGAGGUGUCUCCAAGGGUCCGCAGAUUGAGCGUCUGCGACGAGGCGUGCACAUGUGCGUUGCGACGCCCGGAAGACUUUUGGAUAUCUUGGAAACGGGUUCUGUGAACCUUCUACGCUGCACCUUUCUUGUCUUGGACGAGGCGGACCGCAUGCUGGAUAUGGGCUUCGAGCCGCAGAUCCGCAAAAUCAUCGAGCAGAUCCGGCCAGAUCGGCAGACUGUCAUGUGGAGUGCCACUUGGCCUUCUGAGGUUCGCUCUCUGGCCCAGGAGUUCCUCAUACCCGAUCACGUGCAGGUCACGGUGGGCUCGACAGACUUGUGUGCGAACCACAACAUCAAACAAGUCGUCCACGUGUGUGAUGAGUUUGAAAAAGAAAACAAGCUGCUGGGCAUUCUACAGGACAUCAUGGAGCAGGGGGAGCAGCGCACACUGAUCUUUGUUGCCCGCAAGUCAAGUGUUGUACAGCUGCUGCAGAAAUUGCAAAGUAAGGGCUUCAGAGCUGUGGCCACUCAUGGUGACCUGUCACAAAGCAAGCGGGACAUUGCGUUAGAUCGUUUUCGCAGUGGUGCAACUCCUAUCAUGGUAGCUACUGAUGUUGCUGCAAGAGGCCUUGAUGUGAGUGAUGUUAAGUAUGUCAUUAACUAUGACUACCCAGACACAUCGGAAGGCUAUGUCCAUCGCAUUGGCCGCACUGGACGCAGUGACCGAGAGGGCACUUCCAUUACCUUAUUCACUCCCGACAAUGCUGCACAAGCUAAGCAGCUUAUUGCAGUGCUACAAGAAGCAGGUCAAGAUGUGCCAGAAGAACUGCAGCAGCUGGUGAACUUGCAUGUCUCAAAACAAGCUAUUGUACGACACAUGAAGAAGGGAAAGCACCAGCAAGGUUCAUGGAAGCGACCUCGGCACUACCGCUAUGAAAACGAAGUAGCAGAGACUCGUGGUUGGGGUUGACAGUUUUUUGUGAAUCCUAGCAGUCUCAUGUUGACGGUAUAUUGAUCUUAGUAAAUUAGGAAAUUAUAACAUCCUAUAAACAACUCAUAAUGGAGAUGCUGUCACUGAUGUGCCAAGCUGUGAGUAGUUUGCCCAUUGAAUGGGCAACUAUGGUCUCAGUUUGUGUGAGUGCACUUUAUGUAGCUAAUUCAUAGAAAAAUUUAUUUCCAGAAAUCGGUUAGAAACAGUGACCAUUGAAUGUGUCACCACUUGUGUAAUGUUCCUGUUGUUCCACAAAUAAAUUGUCUUGUAGGAGUAUUUCAAUAAGAAUGCUUUGUGCGAUGUUAUGUUUCACAUUUCAUUCAGGACAUAACACAAUGUACAGUUGCUACACCAGGGUUGUGGUGAGUUUGCUUGUACGACACAUUAUGAAAUUACAUUUUCUGUAUUAGUAUAUAAAAAUAGUGAAAUGUUUAGAUAGUAUAGUAGGCACCUUAAUAAAAGAAAUAACUGGUACUUCAUAGAACUAAAAAUCAAAUUAAUGUUGUAGAAAAUAGACGCUUCUAGCAACAGUAAGCUAAAGGCACUGUAUUUUAAGUGUGUUGUUACUUUGCAUAGAUACAUCAACAAAAUUGAAGAAAAUACCGUGGAAGAAACUGCAACUACACAAUUAUUGCAUAGUUGUGUGUACACCUUUAGAACAUCUACCAACCUGGAAAACCUUGGAUUGCCGUUGAGAUAUAGAAAAAGCGAGGAGGUAUCGUGGAAACUAGAGGACUGCAGUGAUCAAAGCUUAUGACGUUGCACCAGAGUUCUUAUGCACCUGCAGUGAACUGUUAAGCAGCCAUGUGAAAAGCAAAGGCACUGUAUAACUUGCUUUUACAGAUCACACAUUGUAUCUCAAUUUCCCAGCAUGAUGCUUUUUAGGCUGAUAUAUUUGUGCUUGUUUGUCUUUGCCGUGAUCUCUACUUGGCUUGAAGACAUUCUUGUUACUGACUGGGUGAGUUGGUGAUUAGGAUACUUGAAAUACGAGCAUGUAACUUCAACAGGAACUUAACAGGACAGAGACCUUGUCUUCUUAAGACCUCGUUUAAGUUAUGCUCGUAUUUAAGGUAUUCUAGUGAGGCCAGAAUCACUAUUAGCAAAAGCUCCCGAGGCAGGGUCAAGCUAAAUUCGGUGGUGAUGCUAUAGCAGAUGUCAUCAGAUCUGCACUAUCCACUACUCUUGUACAAAAUCAAGGAGGCUGUGGGCCACUCGUUCAGCUGUGGCGCUGUCCUGCAGGAUGUCACGGCCUGACCAAUUCCUGCGAGCUGCCACAUGUUCGUCAGUGCGUCAAACGAAAUACCCACCCUUUGUUACACACAUGGACAUUCAUUGCAUCGCAAAGGUCAGAAAAACAAUAUGCAAGCAUGUGUGUGCCGAUCAUACAAAAAAUAAACAAAAAGGAAAAAUCCCA